UUAUUUAUAACGUAAAAGAAACCGCUCUUUAGUGUUAACAAGUAUGAAUUGAAGCCAAUAUGAUUACGAGAUUUAAAUUAUGUGUGUUAGUGGGUUUGGCAUGGCAUUUUAUCGAAGUACACAGUCACGAUCAUCUCCUCGAAGGCAUUUACUGUGGGAAACAAAAUUGUUACGAAGUUUUGGGUGUAACGCGAGAGGCUACCAAGAAUGAGAUCGCUAAAAGUUAUCGACAACUCGCUAAAAAAUUCCAUCCGGACUUGCACAGAAAAGCUGAAGAUAAAAAAAUAGCAGAAGAAAAGUUUAAAGAAAUAGCAACGGCCUACGAGAUACUACGUGACGAUGAAGAGAGGUCUGACUACAAUUACAUGCUUGACAACCCUCAAGAAUAUUAUGCCCAUUACUACCGGUAUUACAGACGUCGUAUGGCACCUAAAGUCGAUGUUAGGAUAGUUCUUGCAGUCACUAUAACGCUCAUAUCAUUAGUACAGUACUACAGUGCGUGGUCAAAGUAUGACACUGCAAUAAAAUAUUUUAUGUCAGUUCCAAAAUACAGGAACAAGGCAUUAGAAAUUGCCAAAGAGGAGAUAAAAGAGUCACAAGGAGGUAAGAAGAAUAGGAAAUCAAAAGCAGAACUUAAAAGUGAACAGGAUAAAAUAAUUAGAAGAGUGAUUGAAGAAAACAUGGACAUUAAAGGAGCCUAUGCCAAACCUGAAAUUGUAGAUAUUUUGUGGGUUCAAUUAAUAAUUUUGCCCUACACUAUAGCAUAUUACAUUUACUGGUAUCUGAGAUGGAUCUGGAAGUACACCAUAUUAAAACAACCAUUUGGCAAUGAAGAAAAGUUUUACUUAAUUAGGAAAUAUAUGAAAAUGGGACCGCACCAGUUUGAUGCAAUAGAGGAAUAUGAAAAAAAAGAAUACCUUGAUGAAGAAUUGUGGAUAAAAGAAAACUUUAAAAUAUGGAAAGAGAUCAAGGAUGAAGAAGCUAAGAAGGCUUUAGCUGAUAACAAUAAAUACAAACAGUACAGAAGGUACAUUAAACAACAUGGAAUCGGGAGGAUGACUUUUGAUGAUUCAUGAUAGUGUCUGCAUUGUAAUUGAUUAAAAGAAGUUUGAAGUAUGACUAUCGGUGAUUUUUUAUAAGUUGUUAACUUAUAUGUUACAAUAAUAAAACAUUUUUUAAACAUAA